GUGAGGCUCUUUCUUUUGUUUCCAAAGAGACCCUCUCUCUUGCUCUCUCUCUCUCUCUCUCUCUUCUUCUUCUCACUCAUCACCAUCGAAGAAGCAGCGGAAGCUCGUAGAAAGAGAAAGAGGACCCACUCCAAUUUGGGUCUUUGAUUUGGAGGAGAGAGGGGUUUUGAUUUCUAAGAGAAAGGAGGCUCUUUUUCUGGGAGUGGACUGAUUAUUUCAGUAAUUUCUUGAUAUUUUCCCUCUGCAAGGGGUUUAUUCAUCUCAAAAUUACUCUUGUAGAUGCGGGUUUUUGUCCAAAUUGUCACUGGUUGUGUUGACUAGAGCAUGGAAGAAGAUCUCUUGAUACUCGGAGGAAAUUGCUGAAGAAAAUUUUCUGGGUUCGAUAUAUAAGGUAUUUGUUUUCAGAAGUGUUGUGAUGGAUUGUAGCUGAUUCAGCAAUUGCAUACCUAAAUUUGAGAUUUUUUUUUUCUUUCUUCGAAGCUUUGGUAUUUGAAAACAUUGUAGACUUUUUGCUUAAAAUGAUUAAACAAAUACUGGGCAAGCUUCCACGAAAGCAAUCAAAGUCAGGGGAUUCAAUUGGUGGUGCAUCUGUUCUUCCGUCGAAUUCUUCUGCUAAUUCAAGAAGUGGGGAAUGGUCACUUAAUAGACCUUCGAAUCUUAACGGUUUGGCUCCUGGUUCUAAUUAUGUACAACAUCAUGGUGGCAAAUACUCUUCAGUUAACCCAAAAGCUAAUGGAAGCUUGGUAACCCCUCCAUACGAAGCGUUGCCUGCUUUCAGAGACGCGCCAAGCUCUGAGAAACAGAGUUUAUUCAUCAAAAAAUUGAACUUAUGUUGUGUUUGCUUUGAUUUCACUGACCCAACAAAGAACUUAAAGGAGAAGGACAUAAAGAGGCAAACAUUGUUAGAGCUCGUCGAUUAUAUCACUUCGGCGAGUGGAAAAUUCACAGAAGUCGUUAUGCAAGAAAUCACGAAAAUGGUAUCCACUAAUCUCUUUAGGACUUUUACAUCUCCACCCCGUGAGAAUAAAGCCUUGGAAGCCUUUGAUUUGGAAGAUGAGGAACCUUCAAUGGAUCCUGCUUGGUCACACUUGCAAGUUGUCUAUGAGUUCUUCUUGAGGUUUGUUACAUCACCCGAGACUGAUGCCAAAUUGGCUAAGAGAUAUGUAGACCAUUACUUUGUUCUUCGGCUAUUAGACCUCUUUGACUCCGAAGAUCCACGAGAAAGAGAAUACCUAAAGACAAUACUUCACCGUAUUUAUGGUAAAUUCAUGGUGCAUCGCCCGUUUGUAAGGAAAUCCAUUAACAAUAUUUUCUAUCGGUUUAUCUUCGAGACAGAAAAGCAUAAUGGGAUUUCCGAGCUGUUGGAGAUAUUGGGAAGUAUAAUUAAUGGGUUUGCUUUGCCACUUAAGGAAGAGCACAAAUUGUUCCUUGUCCGAGCAUUGAUUCCUCUUCACAAGCCAAAGUGCAUAUCCAUGUAUCAUCAACAAUUAUCUUAUUGCAUCACACAGUUUGUUGAGAAAGAUUGUAAGCUUGCAGAUACUGUUAUAAGGGGGUUGCUGAAGUACUGGCCUAUUACGAAUAGUUCAAAGGAAGUGAUGUUCUUAGGAGAGUUGGAGGAGGUUCUAGAGGCAACUCAGCCAGCAGAGUUCCAGCGAUGCAUGGUUCCACUUUUCCAGCAAAUUGCUCGAUGUAUGAGCAGUUCUCACUUUCAGGUAGCAGAAAGGGCAUUGUUCUUGUGGAACAACGAUCGCAUAGACAGUUUGGUCAAACAAAAUCGAAGGGUGAUACUGCCCAUAAUCUUCCCUUCACUAGAAAGAAACACAAGGGGUCAUUGGAACCAAGCUGUUCAAAGCCUAACACUCAAUGUUCGCAAAAUUUUCUCAGACGAUGAUCCUGAGCUAUUCGAGGAGUGUCUAGAGAAGUUUCAAGAUGACGAGUCAAAGAACAAGGAGUUUAGAUCGCGACGUGAGAAAAUAUGGAAGCGUCUUGAAGAGAUUGCAGCUAUAAAGGCUGCCAGCAAUGAGGCCGUUCUCAUUGCUAAUAAAAAAUCAUGAUUAAUAAUGGUCUGAGAAUAUUGUACAUGUUUACCGUACCGUAGGGGGAUUUAUGGGAGCAUUGGCAAGAUGAGGAGCCAUUAGAUGUUUAUGGGAGAGAGAAAUUUGGUUAGUUGUAGGCUUGUAGCGUUUUUGUUGUUGAGAGUUCCAUAUGUGAAGGUCUGAACUUGACCCCCUUACAUAAUAUAUCUGAUGUUAUUGAAUA